GACCCCGUCUCUUUCGAGCAAAGGCUCUCUUUGGCCAAGCAAUGCGAGCAUGCUCAAAAGAAAUAUUGGCAGCUGCCAAAAUGAUUCCCUCUGAGAAACUUGGUAAGCUCCUGUUUUUCGCAUGCAGGCUCUACAACACGUGCAAAGACACUAUACCAGAAAAAGAACCAGAACAGUUAGUGCAAUGUUUUCUUUCCGGAGUGCGUAACGAGAGCGCAAGAACUUACACGAAGUUAUAUAUUCCCAUUGCUUUUAUGAAAGCUUCCGAAGAGGGCCUGUCUUGCCUGUGGACAGAUCUUGGCCCUUCUCUUGACAUGGAAGCCAUCGACGAUAGCGUCGCGUUUGCACGAAAAGCAAUACUGACCUUUGGAUGGACUUGAAUAAAAUGUUA